GGAGCCUGCAGGGAGGUAGUGCCCUUGACCAGGAAUCGAACCCACAAACCUUUGGUCCACAGGCCAAUGCUCUAAUCACUGAGCCGGACAUUUCUUAGAACAUGUUGAUGCCUUCUGGUUCUUCAAGGAACGUAGAAGAUUCUUUCUUCCUUUUUUUCAAAGUUGUAAAUGGAAUUUUGCUGAAAUGCCAUCAGAGAUUGGACUUUUGGUUAAGGGUGGAGUUUGGCUAUGCCACAUCCUGCUCCCAAGUCCUGGAACUCCUUUUCCUCAGAAUACGUAUCACUCAACACAUUUGCCUUAUUAAAAACAACUGGUAGUAACUUCACUAGCUGUUCAGUGGUUCACAAAGAUGCAGAGCUAACAUUUUUAAGAGAGUGAUGAAGGUGGAGCAGAUGUGGACUGCAAGCUGCAGGGAAUUAGAUGCUGUUAUGAAUUUUACAAGUUGCAAAUGAAGAGGAAGGAGUGGGAUUCUGAGGAGGUGGAGUCACAUUUUAUUGGAAACAAUGAAGACAAUGGCUUUCAGAUUUUAAAAACAACUAGAGAACAUCUGCACUUUUGGCUUUUUCUAGUUGAAGGCUCUUGGAACGUAUUUGCCUUUGAUUAUUGCUUUUGGUCCAUGGAUGAAUCUAACACCGCAAAGUAUGCUGGUCAAGAGGUGGUUUUCAAGUGCCUUGGGGAAGGAAUUCUUGAAAAAGCCUUUCAGGGGUAUAACGCUUGUAUUUUUGCAUAUGGACAGACAGGCUCAGGAAAAUCCUUCUCUAUGAUGGGCAAUGCUGAGCAGCUGGGCCUCAUCCCAAGGCUCUGCUGUGCUUUAUUUAAAAGGAUCUCUCUGGAGCAAAAUGAGUCACAGACCUUUAAAGUGGAAGUAUCCUAUAUGGAAAUUUAUAAUGAGAAAGUUCGAGAUCUUUUGGACCCCAAAGGGAGUAGACAGUCUCUUAAAGUUCGAGAGCAUAAAGUUUUGGGACCGUAUGUAGAUGGUUUAUCCCAACUGGCUGUCACUAGUUUUGAGGAUAUUGAGUCACUGAUGUCUGAGGGAAAUAAGUCUCGGACGGUAGCUGCUACCAACAUGAAUGAAGAAAGUAGCCGCUCGCACGCCGUGUUCAACAUCAUAGUCACACAGACACUUUAUGACUUGCAGUCUGGGAACUCUGGAGAGAAAGUCAGCAAGGUCAGCUUGGUGGACCUGGCUGGAAGCGAAAGAGUGUCCAAAACAGGAGCCGCCGGAGAGCGACUGAAAGAAGGCAGCAACAUUAACAAAUCACUGACAACCUUGGGGUUGGUUAUCUCAUCACUGGCUGACCAGGCAGCUGGCAAGGGUAAAAACAAAUUUGUGCCUUAUCGAGAUUCAGUCCUCACUUGGCUUCUUAAGGACAAUUUGGGAGGCAACAGCCAGACCUCUAUGAUAGCCACCAUUAGCCCAGCAGCAGACAACUAUGAAGAGACCCUCUCCACAUUGCGAUACGCAGAUCGAGCCAAAAGGAUUGUUAACCAUGCCAUUGUGAAUGAGGAUCCCAAUGCAAAAGUCAUCCGGGAACUGCGGGAGGAAGUCGAGAAACUGAGAGAGCAGCUCUCGCAGGCUGAGGCUAUGAAGGCCCCUGAACUGAAAGAGAAGCUUGAAGAGUCUGAAAAGCUGAUAAAAGAACUAACAGUGACUUGGGAAGAGAAGCUGAGGAAAACAGAAGAAAUUGCACAGGAGAGACAACGACAACUUGAAAGUAUGGGGAUUUCCCUGGAGACAUCUGGUAUUAAGGUGGGAGAUGACAAGUGCUACUUAGUCAACCUGAAUGCAGACCCUGCUCUCAAUGAACUUCUGGUUUACUAUUUAAAGGACCACACGAGGGUGGGAGCAGAUACCUCCCAGGACAUCCAGCUCUUCGGUAUAGGAAUCCAGCCUGAGCACUGCGAGAUUGACAUCGCCCCCGACGGCGACGUCACUCUUACUCCGAAAGAAAAUGCAAGGUCCUGUGUAAAUGGUACCCUCGUGUGCAAUACCACCCAGCUGUGGCACGGUGAUAGAAUCCUGUGGGGAAAUAACCACUUUUUUAGAAUUAAUUUACCUAAGAGGAAACGGCGAGAUUGGUUGAAAGACUUCGAAAAAGAAACAGGCCCUCCAGAGCAUGACCUGGAUGCAGCCAGUGAAGCUUCUUCGGAACCAGACUAUAACUAUGAAUUUGCACAGAUGGAGGUUAUCAUGAAAACACUGAAUAGUAACGACCCAGUUCAAAAUGUGGUGCAGGUCCUGGAGAAACAAUACCUGGAAGAGAAGCGGAGUGCGCUUGAGGAGCAGCGGCUCAUGUAUGAGCGGGAGCUGGAGCAGCUCCGCCAGCAGCUCUCCCCGGAGAGGCAGCCCCAGAGCAGCAGCCCCGACCGCCUGGCCUACAGCCAGACAGCUCAGCAGAAGGUGACCCAGUGGGCAGAGGAGAGGGAUGAACUCUUCCGUCAGAGCCUGGCAAAACUGCGCGAGCAGCUAGUUAAGGCUAACACCUUGGUGAGGGAGGCAAACUUCUUAGCCGAGGAAAUGAGCAAACUCACUGACUACCAGGUGACUCUGCAGAUCCCUGCUACAAACCUCAGUGCCAAUAGAAAGAGAGGAGCAAUAGUGAGUGAGCCAGCUAUUCAAGUGAGGAGGAAAGGGAAAGGCACGCAAGUUUGGACCAUUGAGAAGCUGGAGAAUAGAUUAAUUGAUAUGAGAGACCUUUAUCAAGAAUGGAAGGAAAAAGUUCCCGAGGCAAAGAGACUUUAUGGGAAACGAGGUGACCCCUUCUAUGAAGCCCAAGAGAAUCACAACCUCAUCGGGGUGGCUAAUGUGUUUUUGGAGUGUCUCUAUUGUGAUGUGAAACUUCAGUAUGCAGUUCCUAUCAUCAGCCAGCAGGGGGAGGUUGCAGGGCGUCUCCACGUGGAAGUGAUGCGGGUCACAGGGGCUGUCCCAGAGCGCGUCGUGGAAGACGACUCCUCAGAGAACUCCAGUGAGAGUGGGAGUCUUGAAGUCGUAGACAGCAGUGGGGAAGUCAUUCACCGAGUCAAAAAACUGACAUGCCGGGUAAAAAUUAAAGAAGCAACUGGGCUGCCCUUAAACCUCUCGAAUUUUGUCUUCUGUCAAUACACAUUCUGGGACCAGUGUGAGUCCACAGUGGCUGCCCCAGUAGUGGACCCAGAGGUGCCUUCCCCACAGUCCAAGGAUGCCCAGUAUAGUGUGACCUUCUCUCACUGUAAGGACUAUGUGGUGAACGUAACCGAGGAAUUCCUGGAGUUCAUUUCAGAUGGAGCGCUGGCGAUUGAAGUGUGGGGCCACCGGUGUGCUGGAAAUGGUAGCUCCAUCUGGGAGGUGGAUUCUCUUCAUGCUAAGACAAGAACGCUGCAUGACAGGUGGAAUGAAGUGACUCGCAGAAUAGAAAUGUGGAUCUCCAUAUUAGAACUGAACGAGUUAGGGGAAUAUGCUGCAGUGGAGCUUCACCAGGCGAAAGACGUCAACACUGGAGGCAUCUUUCAGCUCAGACAGGGUCAUUCCCGGAGAGUGCAAGUCACAGUAAAACCUGUACAGCAUUCAGGGACACUGCCACUUAUGGUUGAAGCCAUCCUGUCAGUAUCUAUUGGCUGUGUGACUGCCCGGUCCACCAAGCUCCAAAGAGGGCUGGACAGUUACCAG